CCUACCGCCCUCACAACAGUGCGCGGUAUUCUUGGAGACUAUAAUGUCGGAUAGCCUCUAAAAGAUAACUGGAGUUUCUACUAAUAAUUUGUAUGUAUAAGACCGCACAAAAUAUGCUGAUGCCGCUGAUUGAAAGCUGAUGGACAGAGUCUACCUACGAACAUUAUCAGUUUGCCGUUGUUAUCGCGUCAGCAACCAAUGGUACUCUUAUCGAAGCCCGUGCAUAAUCUAAUAAAAAGUUGCUGAGUCAACUUGAGAGAAUCGUAUGGCAGGCAAGAACGAAGUCAAGAACAAAACUGCCACCGCUGCUCCUGUAAAACUUUUUACUCGAGCGGAAGUGGCAAAACAAGCCAAAUCUUUGGAAACAUGGAUCAUCAUUCACAACAAAGUCUACAACGUCACGUCAUUUCUCAAUGAGCACCCUGGUGGUGAAGAAGUACUCUUAGAACAAAAUGGAUGUGAUGCAACUGAGGCUUUUGAAGAUAUUGGACAUUCAAGCGAUGCAAGAGAGUUGAUGGAACCGUUAAAAAUUGGUGAACUAGUAGAAGAGGAGAGGACAAAAGAUACAGAAAAGAAGACUAUAGAUUGGUCUAAUGACAACUCUGAUGAAAACAAUUCUAGUGGUUCUUGGCGUUCCUGGUUAAUCCCCAUUGCGCUCGGGAUGCUCGCCACCCUUGUCUAUCGCUACUUCAUCAGUACACACUAAAAAGAAUUCCAACUGAGGUCCAACAAGUCCCAUUCUUCACGUUACUUGUUUAUAUAUAUAUAUAUAUAUAUAUACAUAUAUUAAACAUUGACAGUUCUACAAUAGAUCGGUUUAGGUGUAUGUCAUGCAGCAUUAUAAUUGUUUCUUAUGAAGCAGAUAGCGCUUGCUGGCCUAGCAUUUAAAAAUGGAAGAAAUGGCCGACGAUGUAUUAUAAAUAAAUAUAUAAAAACGCGCAUUUAUAUAUUUGUAUGUGUAUAUGUUGGACGUACAUAUGUACGCGCUACACACAAUAUUGGACAUAUAUGUAUAUGUCGUUUAUUAUUCAGACAUCAUGAAGUUCCCUGAGUUGAGAAAAUAAACUAAUUUAAAUCUUUAAAAAGAGAGAAAAACCCCUUUAAACUUUAAGCGAGUGAAAGAAGUGUCGAACACGAAAAAACGAAGAUUCAAAAAUAAUUCGGAUAUACUGCGUAAAACCUUAUAGCAAUAGCUUAUUUAUUGCAUUUUGCACAUUAAUUAUGAAAGAAAUUGAAUGUUGAAUACAUCGCCAAUAAGAAGAAAUAAAAAGUAAUUUGAUAUUUGAGGCUUUCGCGGUAUCCAUGGAUUAGAUUUGGUUUCCGGGUUUGAGCCACGUGAAUUUUUCUUUGUCUAAUUCCGACGUUUCGCGAACGUUUGAGUCCGCUUCAUCAAAGAGGAACGACCUUCCUGAUGAAGCCGACUGAAAUGUUCGCGAUACGUCGGAAUCAGACAAAAAAGUAAUUCUAAAACAGUUCAAAGUUGGACGUCUUAUGUGUUGUGUAACAAGUAUAAUUAAAUUAAUAAUUACAUUAAUUAUAGUACGGUUCAAUAAAUAUUAUUUUUUUAGUUUUAGUAUGUUACCAUGGAAUUAAUGCUGACAUUAAUCUUUUCCUUAUGCGAUUUUAAACAAUCCUUAUUAUUUUGUGAUAAGAUUUGUGCAUUAGCGCGAGGGAACAAUGCAUUUAUUCAUGAAUAUAUGAUAUUCAUAUAUGAUGUGUUAGUGACAUUUUUUAUUGACAUUUUCUUAAAUUUAGUAGUUUGAUGAAUGUUUUAUUCUCGAUUUUAACGAUUGAUAUUCUUAUAAUUUGUGGAAAUACAUAUUAACUUUUGCGAUCCUAUAUCGAGUUUACCAUAAGAUCACCUUUUGUUUUAGUUGAUUUGGUAAACUAAUUUUUUACUCAUUAAUGCUAUAGUUGAUGUAAAUAUUGUAUGUAAAUAUUAGUUGAUAUUAAUAUAAAUAUAAUUAAAUUAGUUACAUAUUGAAAUAUUAAAAUAAACGCAAACCACACGACAUUAUCGUUGAGUAAAUAAAUUCCUGAAUUGAAAGUCCUGAGUUAAAAAGAAAGCCUCUCGAUAAAUAAUUCGGAAUGUCAAAGAUUAAUAUUUUUCUCUAAUUAUAACAUUCGAAACAUUUUGGAUCUUUAUAAGAUUAAAUCAUUUAAAAAUUUUCGAGGUAGACAUUUGAACGAUUAUAUCGCUACAUAUAUGUACAGCAACAGAAUCGAAAGUGAAAUCCCAGACGGGAUAUCCUUUGUAUAGGAUGUCAAUGGCUGCGUUCAGCAGAGAAAGCUGCUUUGUAACUGUUGUAAAAUUCGUGAAUCUGAUUGGAUACAUGCUCUUGGAUUCAACCAAAAUUAAGAGCACUCCAAUCAGAUUCACGAAUUUUACAACAGUUGCAAAGCAGCUUUCUCUGCCGAACGCAGCCAUUAAGUAGCCCACACGAGCGAGAAAGAAAAAGAAAGAUAAUUGUCCUACACGUUCUUGUAAGUAAAAUGUUGGUGAUAAAUAACGAGACAAAUGUUGGUGAUAAAUAACGAGACAAAUUUAGGUCUUCGAUGGUGGCGACGAUGGCGACGAUGGCGAUGGUGGCAACCAUGGACGUAAUGGUACCUUUUCAUGCUUCGCUUAUCGCUUGUUUUGAACGAUAAAGGAGUCAUGUGACUGGAUUGUCGCUGGCGAUUAACUAUCGAGCAUGAAAAGGGUUUCCCAGCGACGUGAUUUUAAUGUGGUAGCGUCAGACGAGAAAUUCUAUUAACAAUUGCUUCAAAAUAAAUAUAGUUACAAUAUCACAAUUAGCAAAGUAUUAUAAUUGGAUAACUGAAUGUAUAAAAAUGAUCAAUGAUAAUUUCACAUAAUCCACACGUUUGAACACGAGAUUCAUUCUACAAAAAAUAUUUUAGAAAAUACCUUAUAUGUAUACAAUAAAUAUUUUAUUUAUUUCAAUGCUUUUUUUGUGUACAUUACAUAAAAUAUUAUUUUUAUAUUUUUGAUAUAACCUAUAUAAUUAAAAAUAACAUAUUUAUAUUUACAUGUAAAAAAGACAUUAAAAAUAUUAUUAAUAUUAAAGACAUUAUUGUACAUGUUCAAUAUAUUCAUCUUACAAUAUUAUAUAUACCGUUUCAUUAUCUGAUGUUCGAAUAUUUACACUUGCUAAUGUCGCUUGUACUUAGAAAAUUUGGACUACAAUUUCACGUCACUAGUGACUGCACGACGUCAUCAUAUCGCAGAAAACGAGCGAUGAGCGAUACGUGAAAAGGUACCUUUUAAUACAUGGACGGAGCGAAAAGUGUGAUUAUACAAGGGGCUGUGAAGCCUAAGGGGGAAGAGGAUUACAUCGCGGCCAUGUUGGUAUAGGAGGUUUGUGUCUAUUUUCACGUCGCGACGUAAUAUUAUCCGUUAACCGAGACAUCUCAAAUAUUUGUAAUAAUUAAUAGUCCUUGUAACAAUUAAUAGUCCUUACAUUGCUGGUUUUGUUGUAAGUUUUGUUGUGUCCAAACUCUCUGUAGCGAUAGAACAAAUCAGGAAUAUUCUUUAAUUAAUAUUAAGAAUCGUGGAGAUUGACGUUUCUCCUUCAUAUGAUGUAAUUACUAUUUGUAAAAUAGCAGAGACUGUUUUACUUUUUUUACUUUAUGUGAAAGUAAUAAGCGUUUAGUAACACACAUGAUUGAAGUUUUUCUUCUACAGCAAGUGUUGCGCCAUAUAAUUGAAGACAAUAAUAUCUUUUAUAAUUUACAAGAGCAUUCCUACGAACAAACUCCGUUACAGAAUUACAUAGUUCAUCUAAAAGAGCAGUUGCUUAUAAAUAACCGAAACAGAAAACAAUGUACGUAUAAGGCAGCAUUUUAACAAAAUUUUUAAUUGUAUAAGGUGUAUUGUUUAAGGGACAAUAGUGAAGAAUUGUUCAAUGCGAUUGAUGUUGCCACGAUAUAAAGAAUUUGUCUACAGUUCUUUAUUAUAUAUAUACUUUUAUUAUACAAUUUUACUCUUUAAUAAAUUAUAUAUCAGACAAUA